CAGGGUGUCAUUGUCUGGGCAAAUGAUAAAAGAGGAAGAUGAGGAUAAGCAAGAGGACACACCUCCCCUCACCCAGACUGCAGUAGUACUGGCCAAACUAGCAGCCCAGUCCUCCUCACCAAUAAACCUCCCAACUAGCAGCCAGGGAUUCUGUGAGGACCCCAAGGAGGAUCAGGAGGAGGAGGAAGAAGAGGAUCAUGGUCCUCAUCUUUGCAGGCACCUUGUGAAGCUCCAGGAAGAUCUAGGGAGGCUGAUGGGUAUGGUUGAGCUGAGUGACAUUACCAUAAGGUGCUCUGAUGGGAGUUUGCCUGGGCACUGUAUGAUGCUGGCUGUGAGAGCUCCUGUCAUGUAUAAGCAUGUCUCCCACACUGAGGCAGGGCCAGUGUUAGAUAUGUCCACUUUUACUACGUCAGCGGUGUCCAGUGUGGUCAGGUAUCUGUACACAGGUGUGGUGGACAUUGCCCUGCAGGUUGUACCUCAAGUCUGUGAUAUUGCUAAAAGGUUUCAUCUACAGGAGUUAAUGGAGGCAUGUGAUCAAAUAAUGGCAACUGAUAAGAAGAGUGGUUCAAGCACAUCUGAGGACAACAUUAAAAAGUUACUGAAGGAAGUCUGGCAUGAAGAAGAUUUUAAUUCAAAAGAUGGCGCUGUUGACCAAGAUGACCUCAGAUCAAAUGAAGAUAGAAGUGGUACUGAUGCUGAAGAAGAUAAUGAAGAGGAAGCGGAUAAGGAGAGGGAAGAGGAAGAGAUGGAGGAAUUAUACACCAUUAUGGCAACACAGAGACAGAGGAAGAUGUCAGGCAAUUUGCAGAAUGAAAAGGCAGACGACACUGAUGACAGUGACCUAGAAGAGUUUUUACAGGGUUCGUUAUCCUCCCAGAAUUCUAGUCACGCUGUCAGUUGUGAUUCUUCCAUGGAUAAAAAUAGGGUAGAAAUACCAGCAAUCAGUCCAAGAUCUCAUGACACAUUUGUGGGUUUGACUGAUGAAGAAGUACUAUCAAAAAUGAACAAAACACCUGGGACAUCCUCUGAUUAUCAAAAUAUGAUGCCCAUUGAAGAGCAAGAGAAAAAACAGUUAUCCUUUUUGAAUUAUGAUGUGAAUUCAGAUUCUGGACGUGACUCAAUUGACAGUGUUUUAGACUCCCAUAGUCUGCAGAAGAAAGGACAGGAGGAAGAUUUUGUCUUAAUGGAUAGAAUGGAUGAAGACUCUGAAAAUCACAGUAAAGAGGAAUGGACUGAAAGUGUUUUAACUGAUAAUAAACAUUCAGGCUGUGAUAUUGAAAACAAUGCUCUUCAGGAUAUUAGGGAAAACAGCUUUGAUUAUGACAUGAUUUUAGGCUCCUGGGAUAAUGAAAAAGAUGAACACGAAAAGCAGAAAGUAGAUGUUGAAAUUUUAGAUUCAGACAGUGGAGAUGAUGGGGUCAUUACCAAUGAAGGCAUGUUAGUAGUUGAACCGGAUUCUCCAAAGACAUCACCGUCUCCAAAGAAGACAAAAAAUCAAUUGCCAUUUGUCUUUUUUGGCAGUCCAAGAAAGUCGUUGAACUCCUUAACCAGUCCUACUAGAAAAAAUCUAUCCGUCAUGGACAGCAUGAGGAGAGCAGAUCAAUCACAUGCCAAUUCCAAUGUAAAAAGGACCUCCUCUGUGACUAGCCCUGGAAAAAUCCUUAAAUCUCAAAGAACACUCUUUCAGAAAGACUUACAGUGUUCUCAGAAAUUGCGUAAACAUGGAAAUAAACUUAUCUCACCUGUUGAUAAAGAUAGAUUAACCUCUGAAAAUCUAGACGACAUAAUUGAUGUGCAUUCUGAUGAUGAAGUUUCUAUUGAUAACAUUUUAAAGAAUGGAGAUUUAAAAGAGUUGAAUUGUGGAGAUGCCAAAAUUGACAAAGAAAUAAGAUCCUCAUCAAAGAAAGACAAUUCUCCAUCAGCAAAACCAUCAAGAGACAGUAUGUAUGAUAGAGACCAAACUGAAAGUCAUACCCCGCUGACCACAAGAAGGGCCAGUGCAGUGUCCAGCUGCUCCUUAUUUAGCACUCCUGAUAUGUUUGCCGACACUCAGUUGACACCUCAGAAUGGCCACACUCUGACCAAGGUAAAAAAUGACCCAUGCUCUGAUAAGGUUUUAGCAUCACCUGUUAACAAGGAGUAUGAAAGGAACCCCGUAGUUCAAGACAUUAAGUGUUCUCCAUUGAGGAAGGUUGGACCCAUCACAGCUGUGUACAGUGUGAAGAGCUCUACAAAAGCCAGAAGUCCUUGUCCAAAGAACCUCAGAGGUGCUAAAUCUGUCAUAAACAAUAGUCUUCCAAGUGGUACACAAAAAAAUGUAAAAACAAGAAAAGAUGACUGGACAUCUAAAUCGACAUUGCAGUUUUCUCCAAGCCAAAUGAAACUUGAUUUUUCAUCUCACUCUCCCACUGGGAAAAAUAAUGAGAAAUUGGCUAUAAAUGUUGUCACUGACCAGUCUUUGUCUCCUGUGGUCAUGUCUCCCUCUGGUGGUCUGAGAAAGAGUUCAUACAUUGUGGCAUCUCCCAUAGAAAGCCAACAUAAGGAUUCUACCCCACCCUCUUCUCCACCUACACCCCCACUUUCACCCACUUUUGGCACGUCAGAAAUGGGAGAUGCAUUAAACAAGGACAGCAACACAGGUAAUCAUUUUUCUUUUGGAAUUGGGCACAGGGAGGACGAAGAGAAAACAAGACCUCAAGUUCAAACCAAGAAUGGUACUGAUAAUGAGUCAGAUUCUAAUGAUGAGGUGGAGUUUGUUGAGGAAAGCUUCGUGAAGGAUAAUGACAGUCCAGGUGCUGCACCCUCUAUUCAUGGUGGUUCUCAACCUCCCCUUCAAGACAAGACACAGCCCAGUCUCUCAGCACCCUCUAGUGGCAGAUAUGGGCAAAUUCCAGUACCCCAUAAUAUAUCCCCUUCAAAGAGUACAUCACCAGAGAGUCUUACAAUAACCCCUUUUGACAGCCCCAAUAUCUCUCCUGUUUUUAAGCGAAAUUCGUCUCUUGGUUCUCAGAAGAGAAAGCGCAGUUAUUCCAGUGAUGAGAGUAUAGAGGAAGUUGAUGUGAACAAUGACAGUUUGGAUGAUGGGGAUGGAAACAAGAAAAGGAAAGUGGACAGUGUUCAUGAUAGUGAUGGAGCUGAAGUGGUGGAGUCAGUGGACCUGAGCCUAGACAACCCAGACCCUGGGGUGUGGGACGACUUUGAUGAUGGUGGUGGCUUUGUAGACUUCCCAGUAUCCCCCAGUCAACAGCUUGGUGGUAGCGAGCUUGUUGGAUAUGUGAGACAAGAACAGGAGAGACACACAAAGAACAGAGAUCAAAGUGGAGGAGAUGUGGAUGAAGAUGAUGGUGAUGGUGAUGGUGAUGGUGAUGGCUAUUUGAGCCCACCCACUUUUAUAGAAACUGAUGAAGAAUUGGAUACUGUACAGCAGACAUCUCAGCCCAAGAAACGGCAGGUGGUACCACUUGCAGAAACGGCUCCAGAGAAGCUUCCUAAAGAAGAACUUGAAGAGCUUGGUCUUGAUAGUUUUAUUUGGAGUGAAGAAAAUGAACCACUUCUAGAUCUGGCAAAGCAAAAUGCUGAUCCUAAGAAAGAAACCAGCACACCCGUGUUUCAGAAGAAACUCAAGCGACCAACUGUCCCAUCUCCUUUUACCCCUAUGCCUAAUUAUGAUGACAUGGUCACACCAGAAUUAAAGAGAGCAGUGCAAAAAUAUGGGGUACGACCAAACAUGGCAAAGAAACGUAUGAGAACCCUUCUAACCCAUAUAUACAAGGAAACUCACCAAUAUGAAACUGACACAGACUGUGAAAUGAGCUUCCACAAAGAAAAACCAGAUGACAUUGUUAUUCCUGCAAAGGCUGUUGGACCUGAUAGCGGUGAUACCAGUGAUGGCCUACCAAACAUAGAUGCCACCAAAGAGCCUAAAGGGGGAAAAAGGGGACCAAAGGGUCCAGGAAAAACCAAGCAGUUGAUGGCUGGGACCAAAAGAAAGAUGGCAGCACCUAAGAAAAGCACAAAUAAAGUUGAAGUAAAUUUCUCCCCAGAUGGCACUCUUUCAAGACAAACCCAGAUAAGUGCUACUGGAGCAAAGUCUGUUGUUUCUGAGAGUAGGACCAAGGCACAUGAAAUCUCCAGUGAGGAAGAAGAGAGUAUUAGCACACAGGAGGAAAGUGAAGAAGAGAGAUUGGAGGAAGCUUUGCUGGAAGAAACUAUUAUGCCAGAAGAAGAUGAAGAUAUUACACCUUCUCAGCAGGUUUCAUCUGCAGACCUUCACUCCAAACUAAUGAGUUUUAUCCUGUCUGAUAAGCAACUUCACUCGAAGAUUUUACACUAUGAGCCUCUUGAGCUGGGAGAUUUACAGGAUGCCAUCAAUGCAGCAGGUAUCAGAUGUGGACAGCAAAAACUGAUGGAAUUUCUGGAUGAAAAGUGCAUCACAUUUACCAUGAGAAAGCUUCAAAAAGGUGACAGAAGAAAAAAGCAGACAAAGAAAAAAGACAAAAGUGUCAAAUCAACACAAAAUAAUGAAUAAUGCAGGUCCCAGUAAUAUGAAGGAGAGAAUUAAGCAAAGCAGUGGCGAAAAAAAAACAAUGAAAAAACUUAACAAGAUGUAACAGCGCAAUGAUAAUUUGUGUCGGAUAUCAGGAGUCGUGUGUGUAUUGCUUGGCCAGACACCUGGACAACCUGACAUCAAUGAUGUUACUUUGAUAUUGCAUUGACAUGGAUUUCAGAAGAACACUUUUGUAAUUGAGGAUAAAAUAGGACUCUGCAACCAGAAAGGCGGCAACACUGCAUGAGAUGAAUGACUGGAGUUGUAUAGUAUUUAUAGUAGAGUCAGGGAGUGGGAUAGUAAAAGAAAGAAAAUUCAGGACGUAACCAGAUUCUAUAGUGGUUAAUUCCAUCAUCUGGUUAUGAAAGUCAAUACUUGUUAGGGUCAUGAGUGUUUGUAUGAUUAUUUGUUAAUUCCAAUUGGCGUUUUUCUCAAAAGGACACCGUUUGUUGCACCAUUUGAAGGUCAUUCUUGCACUAUUCAUAGCCCAUGGUACUAUUUUGAGUACACAUGAAUUUCAUUAAUUUAUUGAGAAUACAUAGGUUUAACUUUAAAUACACUUUUCUCCAUCUUAACCUGUAGAUUGGACACAACUUUUCAGCAACAUUUAUUGUUGAAAUACUCAAUUGACCAAUGAUUGAUUGUGUAUGCAAUUCAGAAUUUUUAAUGUGUUGAUUGUUAGAUUGAUUCAACAAAUAGUUCAGGUUUCUGUAGCUGAAUUUUGAUGGAUAAAUUAUUUAUUUUAUCACUGCAUGAAUAAAAGGAUAAAGGUGUUAUAAUGCAAAUUACAGUGAGUUUAUUGUUUUCAUUU